UCACAUCUUUUCAGGUGCUUUUGUAGUUCGUCUCGACGACUUUAUUGACAGCGUCAAAUAAGGUAAUAUUCGUUUGUCGUCUCUGUUCUUGAGAGAUGUAUUUGAAGAGAAUGCUGCUGGGAAAUGACUUCUUUUCGACGUUCAGUUCAGGUGCAAUGGUUGAAGAGGAGCAAUUUGUGAAUAUAGACUUGAAUGAUGACAACAUCUGCACUAUCUGUAAGCUGGACACAGACACUGGAACUCUGUCUUUCUGUCACGUCUGCUUCGAGCUGAGCAUAGAGGGUGUGUCCACUGCCACUCUGCUGCACUCCACGUCUUUGCGCGGGCACAGGGACUGCUUUGAGAAGUACCAUCUCAUUGCCAACCAGAAGGUCUCACAUGCCAAGGCCUCACGCAGUACCUAUGAGGGUGUCAAGCGGGCGCUGAGUCAGCAGAUCAGCCGCAUUGUGCAGUACGCCCAGAACAGAGACUCUGACUCCAAACACCAGCUCCUGUUUCACACACAGCAGGGUGACAGGAAGUUGACGGCCCAGUCGGGUGCCCAGGUCCCCCGAUAUGCCCCUCGCUGGGUGGAAGGCACAUGUCCAGGUGAAACAGAGGAUCUGGAGCUCCUGCAGGACUCUGGGCAGCUGUGGAGGAAUGAACAGAAGCACACACUGCAACAGCAGGGAGGAGGAGGAGAACGGCAGGAGAGACACGCAGGCCACAGCCGAGAGGAAUUGGUGAAAAUGAGUGUGGAAGAGCUUCAUCAGCUGAACUCACAACUCCUGCUGCAGAUUCAAGAGGUCUUUGAAGAGCUUUCAGUAGCUGUGCAGGAGAAGGACUCUUUGGCAUCUCAGCUCCAUGUCCGCCACAUUGCCAUUGAACAGCUCUUUAAGAACUGCGCCAAACUCCCGUGGCUUCAGAUUGGCCGGGCGGGGGUCAAAGCCAGCAACCCCUCGGUGGAGUGAAGUGUCAGCUGUCCACAGUGGAUUAAAGAACACCCUCCAGUCUGGGGAGAUCGGAAUAAAGGUUACACUCGAGUCACGUGCUUUUCACUCCCUGUGUAUACUCUUAAGUAGAUGGGGUUGAUGUAUUUGUUUGUUCUUGCAGUACUUGAACAAGACAAGUCUUGAAAGAGAUUAACACGGGCUGUUUUGGACCUUCUGUAAGGUGGACCUGUGGUUACUAUGCAGACUGAGGUCAGACUGACCAUGGCCUCAUCAACAUUAACUUGAAUAAUGUUUUUAUUACUUUCAUGUUACGUCUUUGACAUUUCUAUUUAUUGCUCAUAGUUAAUAUUAUUAUUUUUUAAAUUAGUAGCUUCUUUUUUCUUUUAAAUUAGAGCAGCGGCUGCCUCUAUAACUGUGCAUGAAAGCCCGGAGUCUGGGCUGACUGGCUCUGGUGUUACUGUGGUAAUGGUUGCUUAGUUAAGAGGGAGUGUUUUCUCUCUGAUCAUUGCAGGGGAAUUGUGGUUUUCAGUUAUGAAACACUUUUCUCUGCAGUGUACCUGUGCAACACAGUAUAAAGAUUAGGAUGUAAACCUCAGGCUUCCACACGAUUCAUAAAGCAACAAUUCGAUAUUUGACAAUACCACUGAAUCUGCUAUGAUAUGAUAUGAUUUAGUAGGUCCCGAUUUAUAUGUGAGCAAUUUUGUUCAAAAUCUGGGGUAGGCCUGCUGUUAAUUUGUGAAUGAUGAUGAUGAUGUAGAGAAGGACUAGUUUAAGCAUCAGAGUUAUAGGCAAAUCACCUUGCUGAGAGAUUAACUGUCUGCUCUUUUGCGAUAAUAAUAAUCGAUUUAUGGUUGUUGCUUAGUUUCAUUUCAAUCAUGCUUUUAAAUCAAUGCAUCAAUCCAGAUCACUCGAUCAUUACACCCUUAAUAAAGAUUUAACCCAGUCUUGGUUUACUACACAGAAGCUGGUCAGGAUUUGCUUGUCUUAGCUUGUUUUCAUAUUAAAGUAUACACUUUUUUGUGAGUCUUAUAUUUUCCCAAAGCCCCCCACCUCCCUCAUGUUCUUCCUGGAUAGGUUAGGAUCUCACUAGUCAAAUAUUCCUUUAUGUUUAGAGUUAAUUGGGGAUGUUAAUAGGGAUUUUACGCACCUUAAAAAGCCUAACCAAAGUUUGUUGCCAAAAGGUAACGUAAUUCAGUGUUUGUAUUUUUAAGUACUGUUGCAUGAAUAAAAGGAGAUUUAUGCAGAUUUAAUAUUUAAUUUCCUCAAAAUAAGGUUGUUUUCUUGAUCCUUGUUCAAAUAUUUCAGAUCAUCAAUUUCCAGAUUUUGAACUUAGCAUCUCAUGUUUAGAACCUUACUGUAAAAUAUUAUUUUACGGUUUCAUACACGCUUUGUUUAUUCCCGUGUAAACUCUUGAGGUGAGGGUGCCAUCUGGAGGUUAUACAGAAAAUCUGUUCACAUUAGAAUAAAUUAGUGCAGCCUACUGAUAAUGACACUGAGCUUUAAUUAAAUAUUAAAUUAAAUAAAGGUGUCAUUUUAAAUGUACAAAAUAUUUUGUUCAAAGAAAAAUGCUUCUCUUUAUAAGAGACUUAUAUUUUACUUGACCCCUCUGUGGGUUGUAUGAAAAGUGUUUUUGUGUGUGUAUGUGUGUGUGUAGGUUUGAUGUGUUAAGUGCAUGUCUGGUGCUUGAUUGGCUGUACAAAGUUGAACUGUGAUUCUCAUCGGCAUUAUCGUAUGCAUGUCAGUUCUGCUUAUAUAUAAAGCUGUCGGGUUUGCGUGCUGAUUUUUAUAGUUCAUUAGUUUUUCUUUGGGCUUAAAACCCAUGUACUAGUUCAGGAUUAUAACACCAAUGGCUUGAGAACCCCUCAUUUUAGCAGACUGUGGAUUUCAGCUGAUGUUCGGGGGAACAGGGUUACAUACAAACUGUUCAUCUUUGCAAAGCUCAUCCAGAACUUAACAUAAUGUUUUGGCAUGUACACUUGUUUCUAUAUCAGUUCAGUUUUUUUUUUAUAUAUAUAUAUGUAUCUUUUUUAACUUUUUAUUUGUUUUGUUAUUUUUUAAAAAGGUUUAUCUAUCUUUUUAAUUUAAGUGUAUUAUGUGGUUUUGUGUUUGUUUCCCCAACAGCUCAUGCAAUAAUGUGUGAUUGUGUGGUGGUCUGAGUGAUGAUUUGUAUAUUAUCUUUAAAACCAGUAAAUAAAUAUUAAAAUA